AGGAGGGAGAAGGACACAGGGAGAGCGAAAAGAGAGGCAAAAGGGUGGCGGGCCAAAAAGCCUGGAGGACGAAACCGCCUGACACGGCCAGCGUUGGUCUCUCCGCUUUCGCUUUUCCAGUCCGACCUUCUCUCCUCCUCCUCUCCUCCUUUCGAUCUCAACUUCCCCCUCGGUCGCCAUUUUCAUUCACCCUUCGCCUUAACCCCAAGUGCCUUUUCGCGGCAUCAUCCAAUUUAACUUGGCCUAUUUCCGCAGUCUUUCCCUAGCCUAAUCUCAGUCCCUGCGUCUCGCUUCCCCCCGUCUUCGUCGACGCCUACUCUCCUUCCGUGAUUCAUCGUGGCCGCCAGGCUCUGACGGACCGGGUCUUGGCCUGAACAAUCCUCUCUCCCCUUUCACGCCGCUCGUCUAUCGUUCUACGAUCUCCUGUCCCAUCCUCCCGUCCAUAAGCCUGCUCAACAGCACCCUCUCAUUGUUCACUAUUGUACAUCUGACUCAGACUUGAUGACGGGAAUAUAAUCGAUACGGAUUUCGCCUCAGACUCAAUUCUCCUUUCCUCGUUUCUUCGCCCGGUCACGUUCCUACCGUCGAUCUUCCCAUCUCACCAUAGGGGCUGGAGUACAUCACCCUUGAUCGAGACAUCACUUCCUCCUCUUCAACCGACCGGUCUUCAUCCCGUGUCAGAUAUCCAUCCUCUCGCCCACCAUGCGGGAGGUCAACUUCAGCAUCCCAAAUGUCAACAAGGCCUCUGUAAAUAUCACAACCACCCUCUACGACCGGCGUGCCUUGGAUUGUACAUCAACGCUACCACUCAUUAACUCACUCAAUCAUUUGGCCUACCUCACCACAUCAUCAGCCCGAAUCCGCGAUAUUCUGACCGUCGAUGGCGGCAUUGAACGGCUGGUAUGUAUCCUUAAGGAGGGCCGGAGUCGGGAUUUGAUGGAGAUGUGGAAGUGGAGCCUCGCCUUCCAAUGUGUUGUCAAUAUUGGUGUGCGGGGCUCGGAGAGUGUGAGGACUCGAGUAGUCGAAGCCGAUAUGGUGCCAGUGAUUGCCACCAUACUUGAUAACUAUAUCAAAGUGGUCGAGAAAGCCCGCGCACGGGCGGAUUCAGAAAGUCAGAGACAUUCGUCACGACACCACUCCAAGGCUGCACCCAUCAGCAGCGACGCCCCUUCCCGUCCAGUGUACGUGGACCAAUCGACAAACACCGAGCAACGUCCUUCUCGCCGCCAGGCGCCACCGCCUCACAUUGAAAUUCCCCCUUUCUACCAAGACAGCCAUGCCUCGGACUCGAACGCCAUGGACAUCACCUCGUCCCCCCGGGUGUCUGUGACCUCCCCCCCGGAACGGAGCACCUUUGGACAGGAUGCCCAUAACCUUAGAUCCAAUGAUACCCGCUAUGCCCAUGCUGCUCACCGCUACCGGGUGAUGCAGCCCCUUGCCACUGCCCUUCCUCCCAUGGAUGCAGCCGAUGGCUUUGGCUUGCGCCCCGUGCGCGACACAGAGAGGCUGCCCAGCAUGCUUCCUGGCUUCCAGAACGGCCUUGCGUCUCAGCCCGACUCCCCAACCACUCCCAGCGGUCCUGCGCAGCUGCGCAGCAACACACAAGUCCCUCCCGCCCGACCACGGCCUACCCUGAGGCAACAGCAAUCAGCCUCUGGUGAGUCGGAUGAUGGAAAUGGCGAGGGCUCGACUCUGGGUGACGACCCGGGUUCUGGAGAGACAGCUGAGCCAAUCGUUGGCAUCCAAAAUCGUAUGGAGAUCGACGAUGACGGCGACAGGCAAACUGUGCUGGAAGGUGUUUCCAACACGCACGACUUGACUGUUAAUGAUACUUCCGAAAGCCAGGAAGCCGAGACAUUCAACAUCACCCACCGUUCUACUGUGGAUGGCAGCAUGAUUAACAACGACGCAACGCGCACGAAUGGGGCUUUGGGCCUUUCACCCACGCAAGCCCCUAAUACUGCCAACUCGCCUGCUGUUGUUCCCAGCCCAUACUCACUGUAUGUCCGUGACCGAUCAACCACAGCCGUCCAAGGCGUCUUGACGACGAUGCCUAAGGAUGAAGAUGUCCUCAUGUCGCUUCAGCUCCUUGCCUAUGUGUCCAAGUACUGCAACCUGCGGUCUUACUUCCAGCACUCCCACCUCGUCCCUAAGCUCAAGGUUGACCGUGAGCUCCAAAUGUUGGAGGAUGGCGUAUCACCCAUCGAACCUGCAGAGGAGGAAGAUGAAUACCUGCUUCCGGACGAUGUCAACAUCUUCCCCUUGGUGGAGAAAUUCACGGUUCGCCACCACUCCAAGGACAUGCAAUACUGGGCAUGUGUGGUGAUGCGGAAUCUCUGCCGCAAGGACGAGUCGAGAGGCGGCAUCCGGCAGUGUGCAUACUAUAAGUGUGGAAAGUGGGAGGAAUUCCAGCGACAAUUUGCAAAGUGCCGGCGCUGCCGCCGCACCAAGUACUGCAGCAAAGACUGCCAGAAGGCAGCGUGGGUGUACCACCGUCACUGGUGCCACACCACGCCAUGAUAUGAACGCAUGAAACUGUUUAAUACCUCUAAUGCAUACCGGCUUGCAUAGCGUCGUAUCUGUCAUCUGUUACCAUUUCGUCAUUCCGUUUCGUUUCCGAGGGUUUCACGUCUACCCGUGCAUGGCAUUUCAAAACCUGGCGGCGUUGCUCUUCAUCCCAAAGAUACCUCUUGUAUGUCGUCGAAUUUUAUUCAUCACAUUUCGAUUUUUUUUCACCUGUUUGAUUAACGCGGGGCAUAAAGCCUGAUUCCCGGUCAUAUGGAUUGAUACUAGCGGUCAUGAAUGCGUGCACCUUUUUACUUAUCUUGCUUGGAUUGUUGUUCUGUCUCCUAUUUCAUCUUCCUCUCCGUCAUUGUUCGAGCCCCUAGUUCCUCUCCGUCCUGACGCCCAACGAUUUUCUUUUGUGAGUAGCCCGAUCUAUCUAGCAUUGUGAACCAGCUCUCCCCCACAAUCUUUCUGGAGCGAUUUCUUUGGGCAUUGUGAUUACCUCUUUUGCUUGUUGUUGCGAAGAUGAGGCUGGGCCGGAGCAGGGGCUAUGAGCCCGGGUCCGACUUAGCCAGUUGGGUUGUGCAUCAUUGGAACCUGUGCAUACACGAGCGGCCUCGUAUGAAUUGGACGGUGGCUAUUGAAUAUCUAGUACUUAUUCACUUGACACUUUCUCUCCCACCAGCCACCUUAACCUAAGUAAAUUCAAGCUUCCCCUUCUUUCUCCCUCCGAA